AUGCGAAAUUCGAAAAAUACAUUCGAAAAUUUAUCUCGAGAAAUUUUGCUUGAAAUAUUUGAUUAUCUUUCAAUACAUGAUUGUUUUAAUGCAUUUUAUAAUCUUAAUUGGAAAAUAAGUUCAACAUUAAAUUUAUCUGGUUUUUCAAUUGAUUUAACAUCAAUAUCACAACAGACAUAUAAUGAAUUUUAUAAAAAUAUAAUUUUUUCAAAUUAUUAUUGUCAAAUACGAAAAUUAAAAUUAAGUAAUGAUUUAACAAUAAAUUUACUUGAAAAUUUUUUUAAGGAUUUUAUUAUUGAUGAUUUUAAACAACUUCGAUCAAUAACACUAAUUAAACCAUCAUAUAUGACAUUAGGUAGUUUUGCUUUAAGAAUACCUCAUCUUAAACAACUUGAACAUAUCUCCAUUAAUUCGUAUUCAUAUCCAGAUAAUUUUUUUGAAUUAAUUACAACAACAUCAUCAUCGAUUAAAUCAUGUUAUUUACCUGAAUUAGAAAUUCAAGAUGAAUUAUCAUUUCAAUCAAAAAUUGAAUAUCUUACAGUAACAAUUGAAGAUAUAACAUUACUUCUUAAUUUAUUAGCUGUAUUUCCUCAAUUAAAAUAUCUUAAUGCUUCAUUACGAUCAACAUUAGAUAUAGAUGAAAAUAAUAUACCCAUGAUAAAUAUUAUUUCAUGUAAAAAUCUUCAAACAUUGAAACUUAAUAUAUUAGAAAGAUCAAGUAUUGAUUUUCAUGAAAUCGAAUAUUUUUUUCAACAAACAUCAUUUGAUUAUCUGAAAUCAUUUUCAUAUAAUUGUACAACAAAUUCUUUAAAUCAUAUUGAUGUUAUACGUUGGAAUAAAAUUCUAUUAACUUAUUUAUCUGAAAUAGAAAAAUUUCAGUUUUUUCUUCAAAUUCCAUGUAAUUCAUGUUCAUUCAUGGAUAUCAAACAAAUAUUUAAUAAUAUGCAAACAAAUCUUUGUUAUUCAUGUUCAUUUUCUUUAUCUAUUAAUCAUUUAUAUUAUAUGGCUCAUACGAAUAUUUAUCCUAAAACUCAUUUUGAUUUAUCAUUUAAAUUAUUUGAAUCAGAUGCAUGCUUGAAUUAUGAUCCAAUAAAUUGUGAUACAACAAUACAAUUUUCAAAAGUUAAUUCAUUGAUAUUAGAUAGUCAUUCAAUGUCAUCAUGCACAAUAUUACCGAAAAAUUUAAAAUAUUUACAAAUUCAAGGUCAACAGAAUAAUUUAAAUCUUGAUCAAUGUCUUAAACAAUGUUCAAAUCAACUGAUAUCAUUAAAAAUCUUUGGAUUACCAGAUGAUUUACCUCGUAUGCCUAAACUUCGACAAUUAACUAUUCAAAAAGUUAUGUUUAAUUUAAAUAUGAUAUCAAAAUUAUCAUUUUUAUGUCCUCAUCUUGAAUUACUUACGAUUGAAAUUGAUUGUAUUCAACAAUUUGGACAAAUAUUAGAUCAACUUCGAUAUAAAUCUAAGCUGAGUGAACUCAAAUUUAUACGUGCCUUUUCAAGAGAUCCCAAUCAAACAUGGACAUCGUGGCUUAAUGAAACAGAACAAUUAGUUACUAGUAAUAUAAUCUAUGAAGCAAAAAAUUUAUUUUUAUUUAUUUGGUUAUAA